AUGGUAAAGAAGCAGAAAAAAGACAGAACAAGGUCAAUUCCAAGAUCAGUUCCCACAGCUAGUGACUCUCCCAGCAGUCAACAAAAUCCUGACUUACAGCCCUUAAAGUCUGAAAUGCUACAAGAUGGUCAUGAGCUCAUGAAAAACAAAAGGACAGACUUUGGGCCUGGAAUUGGGCAAGAUAAUCCUGUUCAUGGAGAUAAAGAAAGAACUCGUGAGCUAACCUCAGAGAUAGAUCAUCAGUCUAGAGAAAGAGGAUGCUGGGUAGAGCUUUUUGUUCACACUGGGCAGGAAAAUGGUGCACUCAUUCUGGAGAACCAUCUUGACUACGUUGUCACAAGAAGCAGCUCACAGAAUAAGAGAACAAGAAAAGUUUUUCGACAUGAACACGGCGGAGCUGUGGAGGUCAGACUUAAAUCGUGGGGAGCGGAACAGACAGACCCCGCAGCCCCCAGCAGCAACAGAUCAGCCCAGAGCCUGACGUGGCUCGGACCUUCUAGAAGCCCCGCGCAUCCCGGGUGUCUGGCGAAGUGCGUGCGUGCUGCUACGAGGCCCCUUAGCCAACGCGGAGCAGGGGCGGGGACAGGGUGGCCGCUGCAACCGGGUCCACGAACCCCAAGACUCGAUCGCACAAGAGCCAGGACAGCAGCGGGGGACCGAUCAGAGUCGGGAGGACCGAGGGUGCGGACGAGCCACAUUGGUGCGUUGCGGCACCUCGGGCUCGCUCCCUCCCGCUUUGGGGUGGGGGGGGGGGGAAGCCGUGGAAAACAGCGGAUUCCUGGAGCCGGCGGGGGACGGGGAGACGCUGUCUGUCCGAGCUUCACCAGCUAGGCAUUCCCAUCACCUGGCUUCCCCGCCACUUGGAG